AUGCACCAGGCCUUCCGAUGGAAUGGCACCGAUUACUACACGGUGUUUGAUCUGCCGAUUUCCGUCACCAACAGUAUUCCGAAGAGCGAUGAUCGAAUCGACUGCGCUUCACUUGAAAAUGACCUUCUUUCCGCGGCUGAAAUCGCUGAAAGCUCUGAUACGUUGCCUGGGCAGCCGUGGGUGGAGGGUGUGAGCACAACGUCGAGUUCUGCGGCCACCCAGACCGGGAUGGGCAAUCGGCGUCAUUCUGGUUCCAUGAGAAUUGCUGGUGUUUUGAUUGCUGUGUCGGCCAUUUUGAAUUUCCUGCAUUGA